AUGCCUACAGAACCGCGUCAGCGUGCUGCUACUAUCCGUGAGCAAUUGUCAGCGCUAGACAAUGGUAAGGUGGUCGACGAGUUCACCCUCCCACUGGGCAAGAAGCUGAAGGAAGGCCUGAAGAGCCUCAACAAACUCACCGUGUCACAGAGGAGGAACAACAAGAGGCAGGCCCUGCUUACCCAGGUCAGUGGGCGGAAUGACUCGUUGUUCUUCGCGACUGUUGGGGCGUUUGUGCUUGUCCCGCCUUUCGCCAUUCUAGCUAUUGCUGUCAUAACUGGCAAGACGACGAUACUGAAGAUACUAGGCGGGAAGCACAUGGUGGAUCCGAGCAUGGUGCGGGUCCUAGGAAGGUCCACCUUCCACGACACGGUGCUCACCUCCUCCAGCGACCUCUCUGCUAUCUCGGCGGUGAGGUGCAGGUGA